AUGUUUGAUGUGCACAAAUCGGGCCUUCUACGACUCAAUAGCGGUUGCUUGAAGGUGAAAGAAGCAAUUGAUUUUUUGAGGAAGACUGUGCAAUCGUUAAACAGUGGCGAAACAGUCGAUCCAUCCGGUAUUGUAGAAAGGGUUGAGGACACAUCCAUGCUCACAGACAACAGAGUUACACGUGAACUUCUACGCAUUCUCCUGUUAACAACUGAUAGUUCUUGCAGGCAGGUAAUUAUUGACUAUCUUCUGCGUCACCACAUGCACAUAGACCUGGACCUUCCCAUUCUCGCCCUUCUUCCCCUUUGGAGACCAGAGCACAGGAAUACUCUCUUGACUUUUCUUUCUGCAAUAACAGGAAAUCAACAAGAUAUGACUUUCCUGGCUGUCACAAAUCUCCUAUUGCACUGCGCCUUGGGACAUGAUUCGGCGUACUUACUUACAAGGACCAUCCGUGUUCUGGGUCAGAAUGUCAUUUUAGCCAACUCUAUAGAGACCAGUCUUCUCUUUCAAUUCGCCAAUAUUGAUCGCCGAUCCGCAUCCACAGCUGCAACUGGUUUGAAUAGUCACAGGCCUGUUGGCUCUGAAGCAUCUGCGCAUGGAAAGAAGCGUGCAGACCCACUAUUUAUCACCAUGUCAGCGCUAUUCUGGCAGAUGCUGGAACUCGUUAUCUAUAGAGUGCUGGAACUGUCGGUUCCAGAGCUCGUUGGUAUAAGUGCUUCGUAUGCUAAUAGUUCUUACAUGCCUACAUAUAGCCUCAAUUAUCUGACUUUGCAACCCCUUGAGCAAGGGAAAAAUGGGAAAGCAGCUCCAACCAAUGUCAAGGAAGGCCACAAUCCAAUACUCCACAUCACCGGGACUAAGACAGUCAUCAGUUGGGCAGACUAUGUUUCCUUUUGGGACCAUUUUCUAAGUAAUUCCAACGGUGACCCUAUUGAAAUUUUAAUGGGUACUCUUUCUUCUUUAGUUUUACUUGCACAUAGGCUAGUUUCCCACCCCCAGCUUUAUCCAGAUGUCGUCUCUUCGAAACAGACCGAGCGAUCAAUAUUUUUCUCCCUCGAACUUCUUCUGAUCAUUGCGAGUGUCAGCGAUCGGAUAUUUUCCGGGCUAAACUCUCCAAAACCCCAACUGCACGGACACAGUGCUCGGGCAAAGCCCCCGGAAAACAGCUACAUGACCAUGCUGGCUGGCUUUGAAAAACUGCUUAUCGGCCUUGUACGCAUAGCAAAGAGCUUCCCAGAUAAUGUUCCAGAGGCAUUUGUCGACUGCUAUAAUAGUGUGCUAGUCACAUUCUUCCGUACACUUGCUACGCACAUGAAGUGGACCAAGAACUACACUGAGUCGCGCCACGAGGGGCUAGAUUCUGUCUUUGCGCGUUGCCUUGAAAGGUUUGUUGCUCUUUUCGAUGCGUUUUCUCAGUCUCUUCAUGUGAAAGCAAUAGGCGAAAUUUUUGAAUGCAUAUACGCUUUGAUAAAACCGCUUCCAGAUAGGAUUCUCACUAUCAAUGAGUUGCGCUUAGCGACAGUCAACUUAUAUCUAGUGAUGUUCAAAUAUGAUAUCAAAACGUACGAUUUUGAAAAGCUGAAGGAAAUUGUUGUUGAUCUCACAGGGCUUUCUGACUCAUCUCUUAUUUUCACAACAAAGAUUGGGUUUCUGGGGAAGCAGGGUUCGCUCUAUAGCAGUCUUGAUGAUGCUGUGCUUGAUUGUAUUUUCCCCCUUGACCAUGGAGCAUUUGGUCGUCUUGUUGAUUUGCUCCUGCAGACGUGGAAGCAACACACUUCUGCAUCGUUAAUAGCUAAGCAUAAUUUUCAGUAUCUAACCCUUUCCAUUCUUACCUAUUUCAAUUAUGGAGGCGUGUGUUUGCAAGUCGCAUCCUUUAAGCAAGCCCUCAAUGAGCUUUUAGACAGAGUUAACGGCACGCUCACAGACAAGAGCUCAUCUCACCUCUAUAGCAUGUACGAUGCGAUACAAGCGGUGCUGCAUCCCGGAGUGCAUCUAGCCUCUUCUUGUUUGUCAUCAUAUAGUUCUGAGGAAAACAAAAUGCAAGAAGACUCUACUCUGCCAAAUGCAUCAACGAGUCCACUCGAAGCUUGCUCACGUAAUGUUAUUCGUUCUUUGGUCGACGCUAAAACUUUUGUCCUCUCUAGUCCGACUAAGAAAGAAGUCCACCAGCUUACUGAGGACUUCGUACUGGCUAGCUAUGGACCUGCGAACAAACCAGAUCCGGAUUCUAUUUAUAUACUUCAGCUGUAUGUAGCUCUUCAAGUCAAGUCAAAGUCAAAUUACCCAUUUCUUAGGGACAACCUUUCUAGAACAUCGCUUUACCUUAUUUUGAAGGCCUCUGCAGAGUCGCCUGAACUAAUUUUGCUUUGCUACCAGUGGAAUAAGAUAUAUUCCUACGCAGCUUGGUACUCAGAGCGUGCAGCGACAAUAGUUAAUUUAGGCCAGGGGGCUUUUGAUGGCCCUGCCUCUAGGAACGAGCUAUGUAGGCUAGUUGCAUCCUCGCAGUCUGGGGGCGAAACAAUUGGUCUCAGCGCAGGAGACUUCAGGAUGAUUAAAACUGCUUAUGCGCUAGCCUUGGAAAACCCAUCUGUGUUUGUGUCUCCUGUGGAUAGACUGUUUAUUUAUCUUCUACGUACGGCAGCGAUGUCACCUGACAUCGUCCCUUUGAGUGAGAUUCUUGUCUACAGAACAUUUAAUACUGCUUUAGAGGGGGUCGGGUCGGAGAUUCUUCGCUUGUUCAUGAUAGCCGGUUUGUCAGUAGAUACUCUUCUAACCUACUGCACUUCACAUUUUAAGGAUAAUCCGCUGCUGGUGGCAUUUUGUCUUAUUGCUGUAGUAUAUUCUCUCCAAGUUGCUCCGCGAGCCGUUAAAACCAAGAUUCCACGGACUCAGGGCGUUAUCUUUGCUACGGCGUUUUUGCGAAGAGAUCAAUUAGAGAUACUGCGAGGCCUUGUGAAAGAAUAA